AAAGCUCGUCACAGGACAAAUACUGAUUUCGCGAUUGGCGCGUCCUUGCCUUUCCUAUUCCCUAAUCCCUAUAAUAAAGUCCGUUACCAAUUAGAACCAUAUCUAUCCGCCGGCGGCAACCGCCGGCGAUCGAUCUGAAGUCUGAAGUUGGAAAAAGGAGAGAAGUGAAGGCAAAACAGGAAGAUGGAGAAUGAGAAUGCACUGGGAUUGGGGAAAAGUAACAAGCAGAAGAGCAAUGGAAACGAGAUUAAGAGUAUGUUAGCGUUGAAAUCCAUAUUCUUUUUCAGCGGAAAAAUGCGUGACGGUGACAAUGAAGGUGUUGAUGAUGUAGCCACCACUCCGCCUUAUCAGCCUUUACCUUUUCUCUCUCCACUCGCAAACUCUGUUGUCUCUCGUUGUUGCAAGAUUUUGCAGUUACAUAUUGAAGAGUUGCAACAUCAGUUUGAUUCAGAUCUUCCUGAUGAUGUUAAGCAACCUUUACUGAUAUAUGCGAGGAACUUUCUGGAAUUUUGCUCCUUCCAAGCUCUUCAAGUGGCAACCACCCAGCCUGAUUAUCUGAGCGAUAAGGACUUCCGCCGCUUGAUGUUCGACAUGAUGCUAGCAUGGGAGGCUCCUGGUGUUGGAAAUCAAGAAAUUGCUGCUUCUGAUGAGAGGGAAGUGGAGGAUGAAGAUAGCUGGUCAUUGUUUUAUUCGGAUUCUACAAAUAUGGCUGUUCAGGUUGAUGAUAAAAAGACGGUUGGUGCAGAUUCAUUUUCACGAAUAGCUCCUGCUUGUGCUAUUGUUGCAGACAUUAUAACAGUUCACAAUCUUUUCGAUGUCCUAGCAAGUUCUUCAGAUGUCUUGUUUCCAGCAACAACAAUUAGGGAGAGGGGGGAGUUUCUCACUCUAGCAAAGGUGAUAAAGGCAGUUCAGAAUCUCAGCGGACCUCAAAUGAUGUCCAACCUUUCUCUUGCAGAGGAAGAGAUAAUUCUAGAGGUAGAUGGUACGGUACCCACACAACCAGUUUUGAAACAUAUGGGAAUAUCUGCAUGGCCUGGAAGGUUGACAUUAACCAACUAUGCUCUCUACUUUGAGUCUGGAAUGGGCUUAUAUGAUAAAGCAGUGCGAUUUGAUCUAGCGUCCGACUUGAAACAGAUCAUUAAGCCUGAGCUAACUGGACCUUUAGGUGCUCGCCUCUUUGACAAAGCUGUUAUGUACAAGUCGUCAUCUAUGGUAGAUCCUGCAUAUUUUGAAUUUCCGGAAUUUAAAGGAAGUUCAAGACGGGACUAUUGGUUGGAUAUCUGUCUUGAAAUCCUCCAUGCUCACAAAUUUACUCGGAAGUAUAAUAUCAAAGAGGGGCAGCAGUUUGAAGCACUCGCUAGGGCUGUUCUUGGAAUUUACCGAUACAGGGCAGUAAGAGAGGCUUUUAAGGUAUCUUCUUCCAACUAUAAAACCCUACUGUGUUUUAACUUGGCAGAAAGUCUUCCUAGAGGAGAUGCAAUCUUGGAAACUUUAUCAAGCCGCUUGACACUCAUGAAAUCUGCCGGCAAUCAUUGUGGAUUAUUGGGUUCUCCUAGUGCAAGGAGACAGGUGAUACACCCAGUAUCACGGGUGUCACUUUGUAGACUUGGUAUUAUCUCAUGCAAGGAGGUUGACAUAAUUGGAGAAGCAACAAAUUUGGUUGGAGAUGUCUGUGUUGGUGAGGUAAAUCCUCUGGAAAAUGCUGUCAAGCAGUCAAUGAAGAACAUUGGAAGGGCUGAAGCUGCACAGGCAACAGUUGACCAAGUCAAAGUUGAAGGAAUUGAUACUAAUUUAGCUGUAAUGAAGGAGCUGCUUUUCCCUCUCUUCGAAUCAAUUAACCACCUUCAACAAUUAGCUUCGUGGAAGAAUCCAUGGAAGUCAAUAUUAUUUAUGGUGCUUAUAAGCUAUGCUAUAAUCAGGGGAUGGAUAAAGUACUCAUUGCCGGCGCUGUUAGUUGUGCUUGCUGUUAUCAUGCUCUGGCAUAGGAAUGUCGGAAAAGGGAGGCCAUUAGAACCACUAAAAAUCAUAGCUCCUCCUCCAAAAAAUGCUGUUGAGCAGCUUUUGUUAUUGCAAGAAGCUAUUAGUCAAUUCGAGGCAUUAAUCCAAAGUGGCAACAUUAUUCUACUGAAAGUACGAGCUCUCAUUUUUGCUGUCCUUCCUCAGGCAACCGACAGGACAGCUCUUCUACUGGUGAUCAUGGCCUUGGCUUUUGCUUUUGUGCCGCUUAAACAUUUGAUUCUUUUUGCUUUCUUGGAGUCUUUCACAACGAACAUGCCUCUGAGAAAAAUUAGCAGCGAAAGAGGUCUCCGACGGAUUAGAGAGUGGUGGAUCAGGAUACCAGCAGCCCCUGUGCAGCUUAUGAAACCUGAUGAUAAGAAGACAAGAUGACUAAAAUGAUUCAUCACAAUUAUCUUUAUAAACAAAUACUAUAAUUUUAAACUAACCAUGAAAGCUAGGAGUUUCGAUUGAUGGCAUACAUUCAUUUAAAGACAUUUUGAAUUCGUAAAAGAGUUUCCCAUUUUCACUA